UUGGAAGUGGACGAGGCUCGAGUGUGGGAGGCGGUCCGGCCUGAGAGUGAAAGCUGAGGGCGAGGGAGCGCAGAGGGGCCAGAACCGACGUGGGAGACCUUCCACGGGGCGGGGGACCGUGCCUGGGGUUCUGGGAUUGGGUGUGUCCCGGAGUUUCUAUCCAGCUGCCCCGUAGAUAUCCCAUAUGGAGCUGGCACUGAGCCCCGGUGACGAGGACCUGCUGGGUUUUCUAGUGGGGGAAAGCGGAGAUUUGGGGGUGGCGCCCGAGGAGGCCCCUCUGGACUGGGAGUUGCCGCUCUCCGAGGUACUGAGUGAGUGGGAGGUGGAGGAUUUCCUGAAUUCCCUGCUCAGCCCCUCAGCAUCGCCGAACGCCCUCAGCUCCUCCAGCCCGUGCCCGGUGCAUCAUGACCACAAUUACUCCCUCUCACAGGAGCAUGACUCCGGAGAUUUAGGUGAGUCCGUCAUAACUGAAGUUGAUGAGGAAGAAAGGGCGCCUAGCCCUGGCUAUUCACAUUUUCCCUUUGCAGCCAGUGGGAGCUAUCAGGAGGAGGAGGAAGCCCAGGCGAUCCCACUGCAGGGGAUGGAACUCGAAGAGCAGGAGACUGAGAGACUGAUGCUGACAGAUGAAGAGAAGAGGCUCUUGGAGAAGGAUGGCCUUACUCUGCCUGAGACACUUCCUCUCACUAAGAAGGAGGAACAGAUUCUCAAGCGAGUGCGGAGGAAGAUUCGAAACAAAAAGUCUGCUCAAGAGAGUCGCAGGAAGAAGAAGGUGUAUGUGGGGGGCUUAGAGAGCAGGAUCUUGAAGUACACAGCCCAGAACCUGGAGCUACAGAACAAAGUGCAGCUCCUGGAGGAAGAGAACCUGUCCCUUCUGGGUCAGCUGAGGAAACUCCAGGCCAUGGUGAUACAGAUAUCAACCCAAAGCGCCAGCAGUAGCACCUGUGUGCUGGUCCUCCUCUUCUCCUUCUGCCUCCUCCUCACCCCGGCGAUGUACUCCUCCGAGGUAAAGGGGAGCCAGCCAGCCCAGCACGGAGUGCUGUCCCGCCAGCUUCGGUCCCUCCCCAGUGAGGAACAUCCCCAGCUGGAGCUGCUGGCGCUGCCGUCAGAAGGCCCAGAGGACCGCAGAAACCAGUGGUCGGGCAGCUCAGGCCACCUCCUCCAGGCCCCUGGCAACUCUUGCUGCUGCUCAUGUCGAGUGCCUCAGUUUCCCCGUGCAGAGCCUCCCCUAAAGCCGAGCUUCCCUGACCUCUUCUCAGUGCACUCCUGCCUAAAGCCCAUCCUCCUCCUGCAGGUGAAUCUCACCAGAGAGCGGGGAUGGCUCCCUGCCCAUAGCCCCAUCUCUGUCCUCCUGCAGGUCACAUCUGCAGGCUAGGGUGAGGCUGUGGAGUGCCUGCACAGGAGCCCCAUCUGUGUCUAAGUCCAAAGGACCCUGAGCAGGUGGGGCCAGGAAGCCUGAGGCGCAAACACACCAGACUCACUGGCUUUCUGGAACUUUUAAUUUGAUGUGUUCCUAUCAUCCUGUCUGGUGGACUCAGUGGACCCUCCUCGAACAUUUCAUGCAGCGAGGGGGG